AUGGGCAACCUGCUCGGCGGGGUCAGCUUCCGCGAGCCCACCACCGUGGAGGACUGCGACUCCACCUGGCAGACGGACUCGGAGCCCGAGCCGGAGGAGCCGGGGCCGGGCGGCGGCGGCGAGGGCCCGGGGCAGGAGCCCGAGCAGCCCGCGCAGCCCCCGGAGCGAGCCGGCGGGCGGCCCCGCGCCAGUCCCGCGCCGGACGAGGACGCCGAGGCGGCGGGCGCCGAGCAGGGUGCUGACUCCACUGAAGCAAGUGCCAAACCAAAGAGAAGUUUUUACGCUGCGAGGGAUUUGUACAAAUACCGACACCAGUACCCACAGAACUUCAAAGAUAUCCGGUGUCAAAAUGACUUGAGCAAUCUUCGCUUUUAUAAGAAUAAAAUUCCAUUUAAGCCAGAUGGUGUUUACAUUGAAGAAGUUCUAAAUAAGUGGAAAGGAGAUUAUGAGAAGCUGGAGCACAACCACACUUAUAUUCAAUGGCUUUUCCCCCUGAGAGAACAAGGCUUGAACUUUUAUGCUAAAGAACUAACUACAUAUGAAAUUGAGGAAUUCAAAAAAACAAAAGAAGCAAUUAGAAGAUUUCUCCUGGCUUAUAAAAUGAUGUUAGAGUUUUUUGGAAUAAAACUCAUUGAUAAAACUGGAAAUGUCGCUCGGGCCGUUAACUGGCAGGAAAGGUUUCAGCAUCUGAAUGAGUCCCAGCACAACUAUUUAAGAAUCACCCGUAUUCUUAAAAGCCUUGGUGAGCUUGGAUAUGAAAGUUUUAAAUCUCCUCUUGUAAAAUUUAUUCUUCAUGAAGCUCUGGUGGAAAAUACCAUUCCCAAUAUUAAACAGAGCGCUCUGGAGUAUUUUGUGUAUACAAUUAGAGACAGACGAGAACGGAGAAAGCUUCUCCGGUUCGCCCAGAAACAUUACACACCCUCAGAGAACUUCAUCUGGGGGCCACCCAGGAAGCAAGAGUCAGAGGGAAGCAAAGCCCAGAAAAUGCCUGCCCCUCCCACCUCUGGUCACAACAGUCAAACCUCCAUGCAGAAGAAAUCUAAGGACUCCAAAAACUCCUCCUCAGCUGCUCAUGUAAAUAGCAAAACAGCUGAAGAAAAAAAAGUGUCACCUAGAGAGCCUGGAGAAGAGACCGACGGGCCCGGCGCUGAGCCCGGCAGCGAGGCUGCCAGGCCAAGGAACGCAGAGAAGGGUGGUCAUGGCGAAAACUCAGAUUCUCAACCAGAAAAAACAAUGACUAAUCCCACAGAGAAAAACGAGAGUGCAUCGCCUCCCGAAAAAGAGGAAGAAGGUGAAAGUCAUCACAAAGACUGUGAAAGUCCUGGAAAUACAGAGUCUCAGGAUGAUGUACCAUCACCGUGAAUUACCAGAAGCCCACAAACCGGUUUAGGUCCGGGAGGAGAAAACUGCUCUAUGGUUUAUCCUAAAGAACGGAGGUCACAGUUCAGAUUUUAGCCAUCUGUUGGUGAUUUAUGUUGUAAGCAUUGUGUUGUUUAUUUUAGAUAACAAUAAGUUUAGUAAGAUGUUUUAAGACAUGACCCAGUAAAUGAAUAUAUUCUGUAACACUUCUAGGAUGUGAGUUUACACAUUUUGUACAUAAUAACUAUUUUGCAGUUAUUUUUAUGUAUAUAGAAAUAAUCAUGUAGUAUUUGUGACAUCAAAUAAAUUCUGAGAGAUUACAGUCUACCUGAAGAAAACCAAGAGGGAUAAUUUUAUUAUGUUGCCACACCUUUGCCUGAUUUACGGAUUCCUUUCUUUAAGCUGGAAGAAUCCUGUUCUCAAAUGUGUUCAGAGAGUAAUUUGGAUUUUUUCAUGACAAUACCUCAACAUGUUCAUUUUAAAAUUCAGAUAGAUGAAAUGGAUGUUCCCCGGGCCGGAAGCUCCCAGCCCAUUUGUCAGUGUUGCUGUCUCCUCCCCCCUUCGGCCCUCCCCCAUCCGCCGUCUGUGAGCCAGCGGACCUCGCGUGUACAUUCCCGUGAACUCUACUGAAAUUUAAAUGGAACAGAAUGGGACUUUCAACUGUAUCAUUUCAAGAAUUUGCUUUGCUUGAAAUAAUAAAAAUGUUUUUCUGUAUAAAGUGCUUAUCAUUUUUUUGAUGUGAAAGUCCAAGGAAAGAAUUUUGCCUUCUGUGGCUGUUCCAUAUAAAUUUUGUGCUUGUUUCUGAAUGUAAGUGACUCAAGAAUUGAAAAAUAAGAAAGGAAAUUAUUUAUUUUUAAAAGGCAUGCCUCUUGUAGUGGCAACAAGGCAGUGGUCCCUAAAGCCAUGAAUAUCUCAGUGUUAUGUGGAUUAUGAAAUCAAUGAUAUUGCUUAGUUCAUAGUGUAUCUUUUAUUUUUAUUUUAUUUUUAAUUCUUAUCUGAAGGGGGCCAGAGAGAG